AUGAAAGUGGGCAAGAGUCCAGAUUCUAAAGUCCAUAAAGUGAGAUUCCAGGGAAAGAAUGCACCGAGAUCGAGGAUAUCAGUGCCAAUUAAAAGGAAGGAUAUAUCACACAGAAAUGAAGAGAAGCCCCCAGCUGGAGACCGAAAGCCUGUAUCUAUAAAAAUGGUGGAAAUGCCCAAACUUGCUGCAGUGUGUGGACAUUAUGAUUAUUAUUAUGCUCGACUUGACUUGUUGAGGAAGCGGGCCCAUGAGUCACAUUAUCAUUGCGCUCCUCAAAAAAACACCGGAGUUGAGGAGAAUUGUAAUGAUGAAGAAAGCCACAGUCCACCACUACCCCAAUGGGCUGCUGAGUACCUUCAGAGGAGAUUUGAAGCUCAACAAUAUAAACUGAAAGUGGAAAAGCAAUUGGGUCUUCGUCCAUCUUCUGUUGAGCCAAAUUGUAACCAAGGACAAGAGCUGAGAAAUAAGGGAAAAGAACCUAAACUUCAGGAGCUUCAGAUUCGGAGAAACUUAAUGAAGGAACAGGAAUAUUGGAGGCAGUUAGAGGAAAUUCGCCAGCAGUACCACGAUGACAUGAAGGAAAUUAGGAAGAAGAUGGGGAGAGAACUGGAGGAGGACUCAAAGAUAGGUCACAAAACCUAUUUGGUGAAGAAGAGUGUCCUGCCCAUCCACCGAGAUGCACCUGAGGAAGAGCCACCUGUGCAGGAUAUUGAAAGAAAUUUGAAAGAAAUUAGGCUUCAGAACCUGAAGGAAAGUAAAAUUCCAGAACAGAAAUAUAAAGCUAAGAGAGGGGUAAAGUUUGAAAUUAAUUUAGACAAAUGUAUUUUCGAUGAAAACACCCCUCAAGAGGAACAGGUGCUAAAUGAAACUUUGACCUUUGAGGACAGCACGAAGUUUCAGGAACACAGAUUUGUGAAGGAGCACGAAGACUACACCGACAGAGCAUUUGAGAAGCUCUCUUGCCUGGAAGCAGAGCCAUUAACCCAGGAGGCUGCUGCUACAGGAAAUAGGAGGCAGUGGGAGGCCAGGGCUCCCCAGACCCUGCUGCGAAAGAUGGCGGCAGCUGAACUCACCUCCACCUGCUCUACAGUGCCCGAUGAUGGCCAAGCUAUUGUGAUUGAAAGCGUCCCAGAAAGUAGGAAACGGUGGCAGCAGGAAGCACCAGGGACCCUAUUGAGGUGCUUGGCAGCAGCACAGCUCACAGGAAGCUCAUUCUCUGCAAAUGAAGGAGAAUUAGUGGGAACAUUGAAACAAUGGCCUCCUAAAGAAGACAAUGAGGGGAAGGUGGAAGGGGUUUCUGAUAUUGAUAUGGAAGAGGAGCAACUAGAACCUAGAUCAGAUGAUGAUGACACAAAUUUUGAAGAAUCUGGAGAUGAGUUGAGAGAUGAAGUAAUAGAAUCCCUAGAAAAACUCACUACAUCCAGUGAUGAAGAAAAAAGAGAAGAGGUUUCAUGUUCCUCUAAGGAUGCUGAUAAGUCGGGAGAAGGAGAAGGGACAAGCACUCAGAAAUCUGAUGACUUAAAUGAUGAUUUGGGGAACAACUCUGUUCCAUCUAAUGACAAAAUUUGUGAUGUUGAAGAAGACCAAGGAGCAUCAACAAUCAGUCAAAAUAUACAAGUGUGACUAUUGUAUUUUUUCUUAAAUAAUACAAUAAGUUAGUGUCUUUUAACUAUACUGUAAGUUUUGGUUAUAAUUCAUGGAAGAACACUCUUGUAUGAUAAGUAUUCAUUUUAUUGCAAGGGUUUUCCAGUAAUCUCAAGGACUUCUUAAAUUUUCUUUCAAUUUAUAGUACUGAGCCCAGAUAUUAAUAUAUAUUUUAAUGAAACAAUAUUUUUAUAGUCCAUAGUUGACAUUACAAUACAAAUUAAUAUUUUUACUCUAAAAUUUCUUUUAGGGAAUCUUUCAGGUAAUAUAUGUUGUAGACAGAUAAUAUAAUGAUAAUAAUGUCCCAAUCUCUGGAACAUGGAAAUAUUUAUGUUAUACAGCAAAGGGGAAUUAAAGAUACAAAUGGAAUUGAAGUUGCCAACCAGCUAGAUUACCCAGAUGGGCCUGAUGUAAUCACAAGAGUCCUUAGUGGAAGAGGUUGGUAGAAAAGAGAGAACUAGCAAGAGAGCAGCAAGAGAAGGACUUGGCCUGAUGUUGCUGGCUUUGCAGGUGGAGGAAGGGGACACAAGCCAAGGAACGCAGGCGGCUCCUAGAAGGCGAGGAAUCAGAUUUUCCCACAGACCCUCUGGAAAGGGACACAGCCCUGCCAGCACCUUGGUUUUAGCCUACUGAGGUCCAUUUCAGACUUCUGACCUCCAGAACUGUAAGAUAAUAAACUUGCUUUAUUUUGAUCCACUAAGUGUGUGACAGUUUGUAAUGACAGCAAUUCCACUGAGUGUGUUAAUUUGUUAUGACAGCAAUAGAAAAUUAUACAAUUUCAUAAACCUGUGAUUUUGAAAUUUUAAGUUAUAUUGAAAAUAGUUUUGUUGAAGCUGAUGUUGAGACAAGAAUAAGGCAAUUGAGCAAGGAGAGGAAUCAGGCAUGCCAUGUUCGUUAUACACUAAAUAAACAUUUUAUCGUGUUUAUCGAAUUAUUUUCUAUAUAUUUUCUGUAAGUUCUUAGUUUCAUCUGGUCUUUGUGUCUUUGGUGGUCUUUUUUAUAUAUAUAGUAGUUAGCUCUGUGCCAGAAAUGUU